AUGGCAGGCGACGACGAUCCCAAAGAAUUUCCGGAUGUAUCUCACAAGCUCUCCGCCCCAAAGAAAUUAUCAGCAUUCGAAAGAGAACGUCAAGCUGCUGAGCGAAAGAGACGACGCGCAGAGGCCGAGGACCAGGCCGAGUUGAAGAGGUUCGAAGAAGAGUUCGGAAACGAUGGCGGCAACAGCAACAAUGAUGAUUAUGACGGAUUUCCUCGAUUUCCGAAUGCUCCCUCUGGACCUCGAAACUCUGGCAUGGGAUUCGGGGGGCCUCCCAGCAGAUAUGGAGGGCCACCGGGCAGGUUUGGAGGGCCUUCCAGGGGCGGGCCUGGCAGUCUUGGGCCUGUGGCCGGACCGCCGCCCAGUCUGAAGAAAAAGAGAGCCCUUGAGGAGCGACGAGAGGAGCAAGAGGCGAGAAGGGAGCAUGAAGACUUCACGGCCCAGUACUUGGGACGCAACAAAGGGCAUGGGCAAUAUGCUUCGACACGCGACGAUGAGAUGCAAGACGAGCUCUUUUCUCGCCCGACGGUCCAGAUGUCCAACUUACCGCCGUCCAGUAACGAGCACACCAUCAGAUCGUUGUUGAGAGGCCAUUUGCAGGUCCACUCGGUGCAACUGCAACCACCUUCCGGCCCUCUCUCGAAAGGAAGGCGAUCGGUAGCAGCCAGUGCUCAGCUCGCAGCAGACACUUCAACGGCCAAGAUCGAGAGCGCCGUCAGCGCCUUAAGGAGAAAAUAUCUGGGUUGUGGUUACAGUCUAGAGAUAUCUCGUCACCUGUCGUCAACAUCGCUCAACGUUCCGUCUGCUAUGGCGGUGUCAUCUGCAGAGCCCUUUGGUGCACAGAAAAUCGAUAGAGAACAGACAGGGAUAUCGAAUCGCAACGCGCCUCCACCCCAUCAAUUCGCGCCACCCGAAUACUACGAACCUCAUGCUCAACAUACGAUACCUGCCAAUGCCUACGUCGCCGUCGAGCCGCCUGCAGAUCUAAAAAUAACACGCGCCAUCCAUACCCUUGCCGAUCGAUUGUUAUCAGAGCCUGAUUCGGGCCAUGCUCUUCAACUCGAGGCGAUGCUAAUGGCUCUUCCAGAAAUCCAGAAGGAUGAGCGCUUUGCGUUCCUAUACGAUUCGCGAAGUCCAGCCGGAGUCUAUUAUCGCUUUCUACUGUGGAGCAACAAUGCAUUGCAGAUGAUUCAGGCACGCAACGAUUCUGCGGAAGGGCCUGAGCGAGUGCUGGACGACGUAGUCCUCGAUUGGGUGCCACCGGCCGGCAAGGUACCGUUCGCUGACUUGACGAGCCUGGGGGAGGUGCUCGAUCAUGAAAAUUAUCCUUCAGAUGAUGAAAGUGACCUCGACGACCCCGGCGACGGUGGCGAAAGGGGUGGCGAAAAGCGAUCUGAGUCAAACGACAGUACAUGCCUGACCCCAUUACAAGUUGCCAAGCUAUCAUGGCUAUUAGCUCGGAUGCCGACCGAAACCAAAGAUCUGCAAAAAUGGCAGGUUGCUGGGAUCACGUCCUUCGCAGUUCGUCACGCACGGGUUGGCGCCGAGCAGAUUGUAGAUAUGCUCGUUCUCAACAUCGAGAAGCCCUAUGCUCGUUCCUCGUGCGCAAGGUUCGGCAAAGAAGGCGAUAUGCAGAACGAUGAUGACGAUUAUGAGCCGGGUCAAGAAUUGCCCAACAUAACACCUCCAGUCGUGGAAGCUGGGGUUGGCAAACCCGACCCCGAGGAUCCUUCUGAGACCACUUUUGUGGCUCUGUACCUCAUCAACGACAUCUUGCAGAGCUGCGCAACGGCGAAAAAUGCCUGGAGGUAUCGUACGCUGUUCGAGAACGUGUUCAAGCAGCGCAAGAUUUUCGAGCGCCUCGGGCAAGUACCCAAGGAUGCGGGCUGGGGUCGGAUGAAAGACGAGAGGUGGAGGAGAAGGAUUCAGGCCUUGAUUGACAUUUGGAAGCUGAAGAACAUCUUCGCGGAUGACUCGUUCAAGACGUUUGAGGACGCCGUAAAGGAUUCGUCGGAUGGGAAGGAUGCUUCGAAGACGACAGAAGAACCGAAGAAGAAGACCGAGGAAAAGUUGCUGGGUCGUUUCAAACGCAUUGAUGGCGUUGGUGCCUCAUCUUCGGGUUCUGCGUCUCCUGCUCCAGCCGCGCAAGAGUCAAACCCCCAGGAUCUAACUGCUCAGCCUUCAGAUCUUGAUGGCGUGCCGAUGGAUGACUUGGACGGUGAGCCAAUGGAAGACUUGGAUGGCGAGCCAAUGGAGGACCUCGAUGGCGAGCCAAUGGAUGAUCUUGACGGUGUACCUACGGACGAUGUGGACGAAGGACAUCCUAACGACCAGCCCAUGGAAGAUGCGCCAGCGCCAACGGAUCCACCCAAGAGCGAGGCGUCAACGACAGCAUCGAAGUCAGGAUUCUCGAUCAAAGGCUCCAAAAACUCGCAGCCCGCAGCAGUCGAGCCGCCAAAGCGUAGGAAGCUGGCGGAGGAUAUGUUUGCGGACAGCGACGAAGAAUAG